UGAGUUUCUAACUUUCAAAUGCAUUCGCAGAGUAUUACAUGGCUUGACGGCUUAAGAAAUUAUUAAGAAAACCGAAAGUUUGAGAUGUCUAAAAACUUAUUGAUUUUUAGUAUAAAAGUUUGGUAAUAGAAAGUUGGUAUGUGUGUUUAUGGAAUCAAAAACAAGUUUUUGUAAUUCUCAAUCUCUUCAUUGUGCUAUUAUUGGUUCCUCUGGAACAGGAAAGUCAAGUUUUGUAAACACAAUUCGUGGACUAACUUGUCAAGAUAUAAACGCAGCAAAAGUUGAUGUUGUUGAAUGUACAACAAGACCAACCUUGUACACAGACCGGAAAAAUCCCUCAUUGAAUUACUGGGAUUUACCUGGUGUUGGGACUCCCAAUUUUCCUAAAGAAACGUACUUAAGCCAAAUUAAUUUCGAAAGAUAUAAUUUCUUUUUAAUCAUUACGGCAACAAGAUUUACCGAAAAUGAUAUCUGGUUGGCUUCACAGGUUAAAAAAGCUGGAAGAUCAUUCUUUUUUAUACGAACUAAAAUUGAUAUCGAUCUUUGGAAUAAAAAGCGCUGUUGUUCCCGCUAUAAUGAAUCAGCAACCCUGAAGGAAAUUCGAGACGAUUGUCUUAAAAAACUGAGAGCUGAUUUUCACGUUCCUGUUGUAUUUUUAAUAUCAAACUUUCAUCCUGAAAAAUACGACUUUCCGGAUUUAUGUUUAAAUUUAAGACAAAUUUGAUAGCAAAAGUAGGACGAAAUCUUAAAGAAAUAGUUUCCCAAUUUAUCUCUGCAAGA